AUGAGUACUGGGUAUAUAUUAGAAGAAAUAAAUGAAUGUGUUUUAUUCUGUCCAUCAGGUUUUAUUUAUAUACCAGAUUCACGUUUUAUACGUUGUAAAUCAUCUCCAGAAAAUAAUUAUUGUAAUGGUGCAUGUAGAGAAAAACAUAUACAUUCAAUAGAAGAUUUUCAAUUAUUAAAAUAUUGUUCACGUGUUCAUACAUUAAAUAUAUAUAAUAUAGCAACAGUUGAAUCUCGUGGAAAUAAUUUUUAUGAAGCAUUUACAGUGUUUAAUUCCCUUGAACAAAUUGAUCAUGAAUUUACAAUACAUAAUGUUAAAGUAUUUUCAACAUUAAGUAUUUUUUCUCGUUUACAUCGUAUUGAUAUAAUAACAAAUGCAACAUUAACGAUUGAAGAAAAUGAAUUUUUAACUGAAUUAUGGGCAAAUACGUAUCUACCAUCGAUUAUUCAAGGAAGUUUAAAUAUUGUACGAAAUUUAAGAUUAUGUUUAAAAAGUAUUGCAGAUUUUAUUAGUUUUACAACAACACAUGAAAAAGGUGAUUCAUUUACAAUGAGUGUUGAAUUAACAUCAUUACUUGGUGAUGAAUGGUAUGUUGUUUAUGCAUCUAUAACAUCACAUGUUAAUACUGUUGGAUUAUUUUCUCCGAUUGCAUAUUUUCGUAUAUUACAAUGA